AUGCCCCGCUUAUAUUUCCGGACGGAGGUUUGCAACAAUCCAGAAAUGGGCUCCCCCAUGGCUGUGUUGCUCAACAUCUACGAUCUUGUGGAGGCCAACGAGUUCAUGGCUCCGCUAGGCUUCGGCAUCUUUCACAGUGGCGUCGAGAUAGGCGGGAAGGAGUUUUCCUACGCGAGCGGAGCCGGCGUCUUUGCCUCGACGCCUAGACAGGCACCCGGUGCCAAAUUUCGGGAGUCGAUCGACAUGGGGCUCUUUGAGGGAACCUCCUACGAGGCACAUCGCCUGGCCUAUUCGUUGAGCCCGGACUUUGAUGGUGAUACCUACAACCUUUUCACCAAGAACUGCAACACGUAUGCAGACGUCUUGUGCCAAUUGUUGCUGGACAAACGCAUCCCGGCAUACGUGAACCGUGCAGCCUACCUCGGUUCGUUCCUAAGCUGCCUCAUGCCGGCAAAUUUGACGGACCAAACGCCAAUCGGAGAUCCAAGCAACCCUUCGCGUAGUAUUACCAAUGGAACGCCACGGCGCUCUGAUUUUAUCUACUCCCCAUUCGCAGGUGCGCUUGAGCAUGGCUAGUUUCACGUCUAUUUGGACUAAGUAUGCGUACUAUUGCUGCAGGCUCUGGUCAAACUGUUGGUGGCACGGGGGAUUCGUCAUCGUCUUUGAGGCCGUCGACGCUGGCUGAUCGCCGCGAGAAAGCUCGCUUGGCAGCGUUGCGACGGUUGGAUGAGCAGGGACAGAAGUAGCCUCCGCGUCG